UAGAAAUACAUUACUUAUAAUUCAAAUCAUCAUUUAAUUUCCAAAGGCUGGUAUAAUAUGAUAUAUAUGAUGAAUGGAAUAAAAUAUAAAUGCGAUACAAGUUUUGAAUAUGAAAAUUCUUAAUAAAAAGCUGAACAUGGUCAAUGGUCAUAUGUAUUGGUCAAUUUGAAGACCGAUUCUAUUGUCCUAACUUGCAAUGUGGUCGGAAUUACAAAAACAAAUGCAGUCUAACAUAUCACAUAAAUAACGAAUGCGGAGUUAACCCAAAAUUUAAGUGUAUAUUUUGCUCAAAGACUUCUAGUCGUUCUUCAAAUUUAAAACGACAUAUGAUAUCUGUACACAAACGAAUACAUUGAUGACUAGCCUGAAAUCUUUAAUUUUAAAAGUUAAAUAAUAGGUUAAAAUGAUUAUUGAGAUUUUAUUACCAUA